UGCCAGGGCUACUACGACGUCAUGGGCCAGUACGACGCGGCCUUCAACUGCACCACGGGCGGCUACCGCUUCUGCUGCGGCACGUGCCACUACCGCUUCUGCUGCGAGCACCGGGCCAUGCGGCUGGAGCAGGGCCGCUGCACCAACGUGGAGACCCCCUUCUGGGCCCACACCCAGGCCAGCAGCACGGCCGGGCCUGGGGGCCGGGGGCCAGGGGGCUCCGAGGCCGCCCGCCAGCAGAGCAACAGCACCGUCUAUGUGGUCUGCGGUGUCAUCAGCUUCACCCUGGCCGUGGGCCUCGGCAUCAAGGUGGCCUUCGGCAAGGCUUCCCGCCGGCCCCAGGGGCGGGAGAUCAACAUGCCCAGGGCUCUUGUUGACAUUCUCAGGCACCAGGCUGGGACCAGCUCGCGCUCCGAGCGCAGCAAUAGCACCACCCUCAACUCAGCUUCCCAGGACAACGGCCCGGCCCGGCCCCCGAAGAACCUUUACAACACCCUCAAGCCCUGCCAGAGCAACCACGACAACAUGCACCACAACUACAUGCACCUCAACGUGAGCAGCCCGAAGCAUCACGCCGCCACGCUGGACUGGCGAGUGCAUCACACCCCCACAUUGGGCCUGAAGUACAACUCACUCACCUGCUCCCGCUCCUUCCACAACCUCUCGCACCUGCCCCCGUCCUACGAGUCGGCCGUCAAGUCGGAGCUCAGCCGCUACUCCUCGCUCAAGAGGCUGGCGGAGAAGGACAUGGACGAGCUGUACCUGAAACGGCGGCACCUGGCCGAACUGACGCGGGGCACGCUGCCCCUGCACGCCAUGAAGAUGAACUACGAGCGCUAUGGGGAGGCGGCCCAGCACCCGCGACGGGUGAUGUCCCAGGAACACAUCCUCUCGGACGGCUACCGCCCCUCCCCCUACGACUGCCCCGGCCCCCGGGAGCGGGUCGUCUCCCACGAGCGGCUGCUCUCCCGCGAGGCCCUGCACUCCCAGGAGCCUCUGCUCUCGCCCGAGCGCCUGCACCAGGGCACGGGGCCCUUCCAGGAGUUGCGGCUGGGCCACCAGAAGGCCCUGUCCCAGACCAACAUCUGCGCCGCCGGCACCCCGCUGCUCGAACGCCACCAAGGGCACAAGAUGAACUCCCACCCCCCCUCCGCCAACGCCGCCCAGGCCGCCUGGGAGGUGGGCAGCAACCACACGGCCAGCCGGCGCCAGGGCUUUGGUGCCCGUCGCCAGAGCACCAUCGAGCAGCUGCAAUUCAUUCCUGGGCACCACCCCAGCCAGCAUCUCCGCACCGGGAGCAAGAACGAGGUCACCGUGUGAGGGCCCAGCUCAGGUGGACUCAACUUUCCAAGGCCAUAGCUCUCUUCCUGCUCCUCCUCUGCGUCUUCCCCCAUCCUUUACGUCUUCUUUCUUGGACUGGGCGGCCUGCCGGGCUUCAAGGCCUUUGCUGGGCUUUGGUGGCAUCCGCCUUUGAUGACCUCAGCGCCACGGGCCCUGUCAACUUUUGAUGAUGUCAGGGUCACGUUGAACCAUCCACGCUGGAUGACGUCAGGCCCUGAGGCCCUGUCGACGUUGGGUGACGUCGAGAUUGCCUUGUCUCCAUCCAUGUUAGAUGAUGUCCACUACUGGUGACAUCACUGCUGCAGGCCCUCUUGACUUGUGAUGAUGUCAAGAUUGCCUUGGGCCCGUCCAUGUUGGGUGAUCUCAGCGCCACGGGCCCUGUCAACUUUUGAUGAUGUCAGCGUCGCGUUGAACCCAUCCAUGUUGGAUGACGUCAGCACCUUGGAGCAUGUCAAUAUUGGGUGAUGUCCAGAUUGCCUUGUCUCCGUCCAUGUUAGAUGAUGUCAGUGCCCUGGGCUCUGUUGCCUUUUGAUAAUGUCAAGAUUGUGUUGAGCCUCUCCAAGACUGAUGACAUCAGGGCUGGGGGCCCUCUCAACUUUUGAUGAUGUCAAGAUUGCCUGGGGCCCAUCCCUGUUGGGUGACAUCAGCACCAUGAGCCUUGCUGAUAUUUGAUGAUGGCAAGACUGUGUUCGACCCAUCCACGUUGGGUGACAUCAGCGCCCCAGGGCUCUGUUGACAUUGGACGAGGUCAUGAUUGCUUUGGACCCAUCCACAUUCAAUUAUGUCAAAUUGCUUUUGGCCCGUUCAUCGACAUCAGCGCUGUGGGCCCUGUUGAUGGUUGAUGAUGUCAGGACAGUCAGGCCUGUCCAUAUGGGAUUACGUCAGUGCUGUGGUUGUGUCAACAUUUGAUUCCAUCAGGACCAGCUGUCCUGUUGACUUUUGAUGAUGAUGUCAGCACUGGCCAUCUUUGAUGACAUCUGCACUGUGGCCCUUGUCUAUGUGUCAUGAUGUCAGUAAGUACUACCAAGCCUGUCAACCUGUGAUGAUGUAAACACUGUGGGUCAACCUUUGAUGAUGCCAAGAGGGCUCUCAACCUCUGCCAUCAAUACCGUAUCCAUCUCAUGACAUCGACACUGUGGACCUUGUCGGUGAUUGAUAACAUGAGUGCUGUGGGCCUUGUCGAUGUCUGAUGACAUCAUCGCCAUUUCAUAGUCUCAACACUAUGGACCUCGUCGACCGUGGAUGAUGCCAGUAUCCUGGGCACCAGCCUGUUGGUUUUGACAUCAGACCAGUGGCUCCAUUGCUGAUUGACGAUGCCUGUUCACUGGACUUUGUUACUGAUGAUGUCACAGUGGUUGGCCUGGUCAGUAGUUGAGGAGAUCAAGCCCUGCCAGGCCUUGACAACCCUUGAUGAUGUCAUCACUGCGGACUUUGUCGGUGAUGGAUGAUGUCAAGAUCAUUGGGGUCUGUUGAUGUUUAAGUGCUUCGGCUCUUUGGAUUUCCAGCCCACUCCACUGCCAUGGGGCUGGGGAGCGCCAGCCCCCACCCCUCCAGCACACGUGAAUGUAGUUUGAACAGCCUCCGCUCUUUCGAACCCCACCCUUCUCUCCCCAAGAUGAUGGGUCACCCCCACGCUGCGGGGGGACUGGGUCUUCGUAUUACGCCUUUUUCUUUAUUUCUCUUCUGUUUCUUCGCGGGCCGCUUGCUAGGCCCUGGGAUCUUCGAUCUCAUCACCCACUAGAGUUCUGAUGGGUCUCAGCCUCAAAUCUUUUCAUCCCUUCAUCCUUGUUGUGCGCUCCGAUCCCUCCCAUCCGAUGCCAAAACACGUUCCUCUUCUGCACUGCGGUAUGCCUACGGGGCAUGGCCGGCUGCUACCCAUACAGAGGCGCUGAGAUGGGGUCCUGCCGCGCUGGGCGCUGCACAGGUAUCGUCUCUGAGAGCGGAGGCCCGUCAGGCCAGGCGCUGCCCAGACACAGAGUCACUGAGAUCGGGUCCCCAUUGCGCCAGGCACUGCCCAGACACAAGCGUCAUCGAGAUUGGGGCCUCAUCGCUCCGGGCACUGCCCAGAUACACGCUAUCUGUGUCUUCCUCACAGAGUUCUCCAUCUAAACGUAUCAAAACCAACUGGAACCCAGGCUAUCCCGCAGGGUUCCCUCUCCCCUUCAUGGCUGUACCACAGAUAGUGGCUUAUAGGCCACGUACCACCGUAGUUCUUUAGCCCAGGCGCUACACAAUCUCAUUCUUCCCCAAGGCAUUAGGAACUCCCGAGGGCCUUGGCAUGGCUUCUGGUGCAGAACGUCCGGCCUUAAAUAAAACCCCUCUCCUCACACUGGCUCCUGACGUCAGGGGAUUCUCUGCAACCCUGGGAGGCAGUAGCUUAAAAACCAAUACAAGGAGCGGCUUUACUGCUAUAUGGUUAGUCUGCGGAACUCCCCACCACAGGAUGUCACUGUAGCCAUAAGCUUAGGCGUCUUCAAAGGAUCAGCUUCUCUAGGGGUGACUGUGACUCACAGCAAUUCAGCUGGUCUCUCUGUCGCAAAUCUCUUCAGCCGGGGUUAUAACUCAAGAGCUGAAAUCAUUUCAAGCCAACCCCCUGGGUGGGUUAUUCCGUAUCUGGGAUGUGUUGUCCCUUCCUCUGAAGCAGGUCUGUAAAGACUACUGGUGGAGACGGGAUACCGGGCUAGAUGGGCCUGCCCCAUUGGUCAGUUGUUAGACUCCUGUGAUUUGGGUGAAGGGUGUGCUUCGGUGUUUGGGGUGCCUGUCUCAAGCGCCUGAUUGUGAGAGAGGCGGGUGCUCAAUGGUGCCAGCUAAUUGGGAAUGCCUUGGUGGCAUCCGGAAAUCACAGGAACAGAGGAAAUUGACUGGAGCCGAUUAAUGGGCCCAUCUGGCCCAUCCCAUCUCUGACUGUGACCAGUAUCGGAUGCUUCAGGGGAAGGUGGUUAAAGCAGAAGGUUUGAGGAGUCAGGACUC